AUGACGCAGGAACUUGCGGAAGGGCCGCAUACCAUUCUUCCGGACGACUCGGAGUUUAUCGAGGUCCCGAGCGAACGCGAAAAGAUUUUUGUUGCUUCGCCGCGGCAGCUGAUGUGGUGGCGCUUCCGCCGGCACAGGAUGGCGCUGCUGAGCGGCGUCGUGCUGAUCCUGCUCUAUCUGGUGGCGCUCACGUGGGAGUUUCUGGCGCCGUACGAUCCGUUGCGCCACGAUGUGCAGUCAGCUUACGCGCCGCCGCAGAGACUGCGAUUCUUUGAUGAGGAAGGGUUCCCAUUUCCACCCUUCGUGUACGGCCUGAAGGGUGAGCGCGAUCCCGAAACUUUCCGCAAAAUCUAUGAAGUGGACAAGUCGGCAAAACAUCCGAUCAAAUUCAUGGUGAAGCAGGGCGACCCCUAUAGGUUCUGGGGCUUUAUAGAGAGCGAUCUGCAUCUUUUCGGUCUCGAGGACAAUGAGGGCACAGUAUUCUUGUUAGGCGCGGACCGGUUGGGUCGCGACGUGCUGUCCCGCUUGCUGGCGGCUACAAGGAUCUCCGCCUCGAUCGGGCUGGUCGGGGUGAUCGUCAGCUUCGUUCUGGGCGUUUUGAUUGGUGGAAUCUCCGGCUACUACGGCGGCACGGCCGACAUCGCGAUCCAGCGCGUUAUCGAGUUUAUUCGCGCCAUGCCCAGCAUCCCGCUUUGGCUGGCUCUGAGUGCGGCGAUUCCCAAGGAUUGGCCGGUGACGAGGGUUUAUUUCGCCAUCACAAUCAUCCUUUCUUUGAUUGGCUGGACCGGGUUGGCGCGGGUAGUGCGCGGGCGCUUUCUGUCGCUGCGCGAAGAGGACUUUGUACAGGCGGCGCGCUUUGCCGGCGCGUCGGAGGGGCGCAUCAUCGUGCGCCACAUGACGCCCUCCUUCCUCAGCCAUAUCAUCGCCUCGGUGACUUUGGCCGUUCCCUCGAUGAUCCUCAGCGAGACCAGUCUCAGCUUUCUGGGCCUGGGCAUGCGGCCGCCGGCUCUCAGUUGGGGCGUGUUGCUGCGUGAGGCGCAGAACUUGCAGGCGGUGGCGUUGGCGCCGUGGCUGCUCGCGCCGGGGCUGCUGGUGGUCAUCGCGGUGCUGGCCUUCAAUUUUGUAGGCGACGGCCUGCGCGAUGCCGCCGAUCCUUAUGCCCGGUGA